UAGCACAGAACGUCGACAGCGCCUGAGUUUGAAUGUGUUCCGGAAAUGACAAACAACUUGGCAACGUUCUGCUGAGGAAACUAGUACAAUGCAGGUAGCUAAUUUAUGAUAGAAACCUGGUGGUAUUUGGGUAGUUCAUCGAUAAUGAAAACGUAAGUUUGGAUUUUGGGUGCGUUAUAGGGUUUUAACCGAAGACAACCUCUUGACAGGAUCAUCAUGGUGCGAAGGAAUUGCUAAUUUGGUUUAGCUAGCCAACGUAAUAAGACUGCAGCUGGACCACAAGGCUAGCCUGGAAAUCAGAAAUGCGCUUCAUAAUGACAUGUUAUCGAAUACGUCAACAUUCGUUUUAAGAUGCUAUAGAUCCUUUUAGUUUUAGUGGACGUAACUCCUGAGCUGUUCUGAUGAUCAAAUUCACGCGAGGGCGUCACAUGUUUGGUGAAAGUGAUUAAAUUAGAAAGUUUAGGCAGCAAACUCGAGUUGCAGAUUUAUUUCCCCUCUUUUUCUGGCGGGGGAUAAGCGAACACAAGGGGCUGAAAAGGUUAGUUUCUGAGUGCAAGGCAGAAUUUUCUUUGAAGAUGAAAGUCCUGGAGAGAAAUGUGAUGCGUUUAGUGGCGGUGCAAGAGCUCAGAACAGCCUACGGGAUAAAGACAAAGAACUGGAACAAAAACAAAGCCCUCAGCACCAAGUCCACCAGUAACCAAGCAAAGGUGUUUGGUGUCUCCUUGGACAGCCUACCAUGCUAUAAUAUGGAAUGUGGAAGUGUGCCAGGCUUUCUGGUGGAUUCAUGCAUGAAGCUGCAAGCACAUGUCGACACAGAGGGCCUGUUCAGAAAAUCCGGCUCUGUAGUUCGCCUAAAAGCUCUCAGGGCUAAAUUGGAGGUUGGAGAGGAGUGCCUGUCCUCUGCUCUGCCCUGUGAUGUGGCAGGAUUAGUGAAACAGUUCUUCAGGGAACUUCCAGAGCCUGUGCUUCCUACAGAGCUGCAGGACGCCUUUCUAAAGGCCCAGCAGCUUCCUACGGACCAGGACAGGACUGCUGCGACCAUGCUGCUGACCUGUGUGCUGCCAGACAAAAACAUCUGUGUCUUACAUUACUUUUUUGACUUUCUACGGAAUGUUUCAUUAAGGAGUGCAGAAAACAAAAUGAAUAGCAGUAACUUAUCUGUGAUUUUGGCUCCCAAUCUCCUUCACUUUGGCGAAGGAGCAGAGAAGAUGAACGCAAACACAGAAAAACGCCUCAGACUACAGGCUGCAAUAGUCCAGUGCUUCAUAGAGAAUGCAGACAAUUUUGGUGUUUUACCAGACUUUCUUCAGGAGAAAGUUCCUGCCAUGAUGGGCUAUGAAGGGGGAGUUUUGACUCCCACUCAUGACUCGGAAGAGCUGGACUUGAAUUUCGGGACAAAGAGGAAACACAGGCGUAGCUUUGGAGAUGUGAUCAGUGGUGCACUGAAUAAAAUAAAAACUAAUAGAACACCCACCAAAGUCAAUCAAGCAGACAGCCUUGUCUUUUCCUCUGCAACUCACGUGAUUGCGACACCAUCAAGUAAACGCAAGCCUCCUUUGGAAUCCGCUCACUCUUUGGGAUUUUCAAACAAGAAACGUAGAUCUGUCAAAAAGAACCUUGGGUUAGAACUACUUUCUAACACUUUGUUCAGCGGAAACAGUACUCCAGCUUCAGCUUACAGCGCUUCCGGAGUCUUGGACUCUUCCUCUAGUAGCGUGCUGUCAGCAGGAAGGUCUCGAAGACAAACUGCAGCCUCUGGAAGCAGGAAGAGCAAAAGACGAAGCGGUAGAAAUGUUAUAAACAGGGUUGAAUCUGGAAGGUCUGGCUGCUUUUCUCCUAAAGUUAGCAAAAAAGAAGCUCCACGCAAGUCAAUGCGCUUGCGUUUCAGCCUGGGGAAGAACAGCAAAGACUCUGGAUCUAAGUCCAUCGGUUUGAGACUCGCCAAGCAGGAAAGCAACACCAGUUUCCAUUUUGCUGAACCGACAGAGUUCAGUCCGUCAGUUUAUUCAAGAAAAGCCGAAUCCCAAAGCUCCAAGUACAUCAGCAGGUCUGAAGAUAACCUGCUCACCCCAAAGUGUGACCCAAGACUCAACCGGACCCCGUGGAGCGGUGAUACUCCUGUUGGGGUGAAGGCUUUCAGCGAGGGCUCCUUCACUGACACCCCGAUGCGUGCGUGUCUUAAGAGCACUUACGUGUCUGAGCCGACCGUUACCGCGUCCAAACUUCCUGCUGGAAACAACCUGCCCAUGACGCUGUGCUGUGCCGCCAGCGCCGAGAGCCUCGACGGGGGAAGCAGCACGGAAACUCUGAGGCAGAGCCUUUCACCGGUGCUGAAAACGGUCUGCGGGCAGUCUUCUGCUGACGUCCAAACUGUUGAACUGGACUCAGACAGCCUUCCCAACGCUCCAAAUGAGACCUCCGUCAAAGCUUUGACUGUGGCCUUCAAGACCCCCAACCUUCCAUCUAAGCAGAGCUUUGUGGCGGAUGAGCAGAGCUUCACUUUAGGUCAAAUCGAGUUUGCUGCUCUCACUCCAUUGCAUAUAGAUAGUGUAGUUUUUGAUUCCAGCCUACAUUAUAGUCCAGACGGUGGCUCUGUGGUUGAUUCACUUGAAACAGAGAGGGAGCAGAUAGACUGCAGCAGGCUCAUCGAUGCUCUGGACAUCCAGAGUCCGGCUCGUUUCAAACACCACGUCUCCUCUGGACCGCAGUCCACUCCGUACAAACCAGGUGUUGAAACCAAAGAUGACCGAUUUCCACCAACCAGGCCAGGUUUUGUUGUCAGUCUGUUACACGAGAGAUCUGGAAUUUCAAAACCAGUCCAAAACCAACAAGCCGUGUCCCCUCAAAAGGCCAGAGUGGCAGACCACAUUCAACACUUCAACAAGCUCACGCUUUAUUCUCCUCCAGGUUCCAAGACCAAACAAAUCAGGUCGCCUCUCAAGUUCCAGCGCACUCCAGUCCGGCAGACGGUGUGCAGGAUCAACUCUCUUCUAGGAGACAGCAGGAGACCCAGGAAUAACGCGGUAUUUGGCGUUGGCCAGAGCCCUCGUGUGGCCAAGACUGUGAGUCUAGAAAGCGGGCUGUCCCCUCACCCACAGCCCCAGCAGAGACGACCACAAACACGACUGUUAAAUAGCAGGACCACUGCUAAGAAUCCACCUGCUGUUCCGCCAAAAAAGCUGGCAACCCUGGACAGAAUUCCUAAAUCCUGCGCCCUGGGGGAUGUCACCAACAAGGCUCAACAAAAGACGAAAGUGGAGAGCUCCGCCUCCACUCCAUCUGAAGCGCAGAAGCUGCUUUUGCAGCAGGUAACAGAGAAGGACACACCCCACUACAGGGGAUCCCCCAAAAACCCUCUCAACCAAGGAAACCUGCUGUCUGCAAUGAAACCAAUUGAUUUAUAACCGCCUUUCUCCAAUUUUUGUGCUUUUUUUUGUGUUGCUAUGCAGAUCCGUCUGGUAAGACCACAUAAAAUAAACUUUGUGACUCAUUCAGGGUCCUAAUUUAUUUUUUGUAGCUACAGCAGAGGUACCUUUUUCGUUGUUGAUUUGUAUUGGGAGAUAUUCUGUUUUACAUCCAGUAAAUUCCAUGUCACAUAAGAUAGCAUUUUACUUUAGUCUUGGAAUAAAGCUAUAUUAUAAAGUGGGAUUGGCAGAAUGGCUGGAAUUUUUCUAUCAGGUGUAUUUAUUGUUUUACAUUCCUGUUUUUAACUGAAAAGGACAUGUCAGACAUCUAACUUGAUUUUUUUUUUCUCAGAACGAAUAUUUUACUGCUUUUGGACAAGUAAAGCACCUUGUGAUGCAUGUUAUGUAAAAAAAAGAGAACAUUUGCCAAACAGUGUUGAAGAAAAGAUUUGCCUCUGGUGUUUUUACACUCAUUUCACAGAACCUUCAAAAAUGAACGUUUGCUUUGAACUGCUUCACUAAAAUAAAAUAAUACAAAGUCUUA